ACAGUCACAAUGAAGUUCGUGAUCUUGGCUCUGUUUGUUGCUGGUGCCUACGGGUGUGGCCUGCCCACCUACCCCCCCACCAUCACCAGGGUGGUUGGUGGAGAUGAUGUCCGUGAGCACAGCUGGCCCUGGCAGGUGUCCCUGCAGUACCGUAGUGGCAGCAACUACUACCACACCUGUGGUGGCACUCUGAUCUCCAAUGAGUGGGUCCUCACCGCUGCUCACUGCAUCAGCAGCAGUCGCACCUACAGGGUCUAUUUGGGAAAACACAACCUGAAGAACAAUGAGGCUGGUUCCAUCGCCAUCAGCCCCGCCAAGAUCAUCGUCCAUGAGAACUGGGACUCUUACAGAAUCCGUAACGACAUUGCCCUGAUCAAGCUCUCCACCCCCGUCACCUUCUCUGACUCCAUCUUGGCUGCCUGUCUUCCCAACUCUGGUGAUAUCCUGGCUCACAAUGCUCCCUGCUACGUCACUGGUUGGGGUCGUCUCUGGACUGGAGGUCCUAUCGCCGACAUCCUGCAGCAGGCCCUUCUCCCUGUGGUCAGUCACUCCACCUGCUCCAGGGGUGACUGGUGGGGCAGCCUUGUCACCACCGACAUGGUCUGUGCUGGAGGAGAUGGCCAGCUGGCCAGCUGCAACGGAGACUCUGGCGGUCCCCUGAACUGUCAGAACCCUGAUGGCUCCUGGGAUGUCCAUGGUGUGGUGAGCUUUGGCUCCAGCAUGGGAUGCAACUACGCCAAGAAGCCCUCCGUCUUCACCAGGGUCAGCGCCUACAUCCCCUGGAUCAACAAUGUAAGUGGAAAAUGA